ACGCCAAUAUAGAGAAGAGAAUAUUACCAUCUAAGCAUUAAGCUGCUUUUGAACAUAAAAAAUUACAAAUUACAACUCAUUUCUCGCACCACCAAAACUCUACAGCAACAAAGGAAAGGAAAGGAAACGCAAGUCUAUAAGAAACCUCCACCAAUUCUACCGCCGACUCCGUUUCAUCUCCGAUCUGACUCAUCGAUUUCGACUUCUUCUCAUCUCUUCUGCUCCGAUGAUUUGAAGUAGAUUAGAUUAGAUUAGAUUACAGAAGGAAGAUCUUAAUCCGACUAGUUUAUCAAUGGCAACACCAGAUAACUUGACCGUGGGUUCACAUGUAUGGACUGAGGAUCCAAAUUUGGCUUGGAUUGAUGGUGAAGUCAUUAAAAUCAAUGGCGAGGAUGUCCAUGUUCAGACGACAAAUGGUAAAAUGGUGGUUGCAAAUAUUUCGAAAGUAUUUCCGAAGGACACUGAAGCUCCUCCUGGUGGUGUUGACGACAUGACAAAACUUUCAUAUUUGCAUGAACCAGGAGUUGUACAGAACUUGUCAGCCAGAUAUGAACUCAAUGAAAUCUAUACAUAUACUGGAAAUAUAUUGAUCGCAAUUAACCCCUUCCAAAGGUUGCCACACCUAUACGACACUCACAUGAUGGAGCAGUACAAAGGAGCACCAUUUGGAGAGCUUAGUCCUCAUGUUUUUGCAGUGGCAGAUGUUGCCUACAGAGCGAUGAUUAAUGAAGGGAAGAGCAACUCAAUAUUGGUUAGUGGUGAAAGUGGUGCUGGUAAAACAGAGACAACAAAGAUGCUUAUGAGAUAUCUUGCAUAUCUUGGGGGACGAUCUGGAGUUGAGGGCAGGACAGUUGAACAACAAGUUCUGGAGUCUAAUCCAGUUCUUGAAGCCUUUGGCAAUGCAAAAACAGUUCGUAAUAAUAAUUCAAGUCGUUUUGGCAAAUUUGUUGAGUUACAAUUUGACAAGAAUGGGAGGAUAUCUGGAGCAGCCGUACGUACAUACCUGCUUGAGAGGUCUCGUGUUUGUCAGAUUUCAGAUCCAGAAAGAAAUUACCACUGUUUUUAUCUUAUUUGUGCAGCACCUGAGGUGAGGGAGAAGUACAAGUUAGGAAAUCCUCAAUCAUUUCAUUACCUAAAUCAGUCCAACUGUUACAAACUUGAUGGAGUAGAUGAUGCUCAAGAGUAUCUUGAUACCAGAAGGGCCAUGGAUAUAGUUGGUAUUUCUGAAGAAGAGCAGGAAUCAAUCUUCAGAGUUGUAGCUGCAAUCCUUCAUCUUGGUAACGUAGACUUUGCAAAAGGGAAGGAGAUGGACUCUUCAGUGAUUAAGGAUGAGAAGUCUCGCUUCCAUCUCAAUAUGACAGCUGAACUGCUAAAAUGUGAUGUCAAAAAACUGGAAGAUGCCCUAAUUAAGCGUGUGAUGGUAACACCUGAGGAAAUCAUUACGAGAGCCCUUGAUCCGGAUUCUGCUCUUGGUAGCAGGGAUGCCUUAGCUAAAACCGUUUAUUCUCGGUUAUUUGACUGGAUUGUAGACAAGAUAAAUACUUCUAUAGGGCAAGAUCCAAACUCAAAAUCAAUAAUUGGAGUUCUGGAUAUAUAUGGAUUUGAGAGCUUUAAAUUCAACAGCUUUGAGCAGUUCUGUAUCAACUUUACAAAUGAAAAACUACAACAACAUUUCAACCAGCAUGUUUUUAAGAUGGAACAGGAAGAGUACACAAAAGAAGAAAUAAACUGGAGCUACAUUGAGUUUGUUGAUAACCAAGAUGUGUUGGACAUGAUUGAGAAGAAACCGGGCGGAAUCAUAGCACUGUUGGAUGAGGCCUGCAUGUUUCCCAGGUCUACCCACGAGACUUUUUCUCAGAAGUUGUACCAGACAUUUGCAAAAUACAAACGGUUCAGUAAACCAAAGCUUUCUCGGACUAGUUUUACCGUAAUUCAUUAUGCAGGAGAUGUCACCUAUCAAUCUGAUUUGUUUCUUGACAAAAACAAAGAUUAUGUGAUAGCAGAACAUCAGGACUUGUUAACAGCGUCCAAGUGUCCUUUUGCAUCUUCCCUAUUUCCACCUCUUCCCGAGGAAUCUUCAAAAUCCUCCAAAUUUUCUUCCAUUGGCUCACGCUUUAAGCUGCAACUUCAAUCUUUGAUGGAGACCUUGAGUUCUACGGAACCUCACUAUAUCAGAUGUGUGAAACCAAACAAUGCUCUCAAGCCUGCUAUAUUUGAGAAUCUCAAUAUAAUCCAACAAUUACGCUGUGGUGGUGUCCUUGAGGCUAUCAGGAUUAGCUGUGCUGGAUACCCUACUAGGAGGACAUUUGAUGAGUUUCUCCUACGUUUUGGUCUUCUUGCUCCUGAUGUCUUGGAUGGGAACUAUGAUGACAAAAUGACUUGCCAAAUGAUUCUAGACAAAAUGGGAUUGAAAGGUUAUCAGAUAGGCAAGACAAAGGUUUUCCUGCGAGCUGGUCAGAUGGCUGAGUUGGAUGCCAGAAGGGCAGAGAUCCUCGGAAAUGCAGCUAAGAUAAUCCAAAGGCAAAUCCGUACAUAUAUUGCUUGCAAGGAAUUCUUUUCACUACGCAGAGCUGCAAUUCAAUUGCAAUCGUGUUGGCGCGCUAUGAUGGCAUGCAAGUUGUACCAGCAGUUGAGACGAGAAGCUGCAGCCAUCACGAUCCAGAAGUAUUGUCGACGCCAUACAGCUUGGAGAUCCUACUUUACUGUCUUGUCAUCUGCAAUAACCUUGCAGACUGGGUUAAGGGCUAUGGCUGCUCGUAAUGAAUUCAGAUAUAGAAAACAAGCUAAAGCUGCCACCAUUAUCCAGGCACGUUGGCGUUGCCACAGAGAGUAUUCUUAUUACAAAAGUCUUCAAAAGGCUAUUCUUGUCUCUCAAUGUGGCUGGAGAUGCAGAGUUGCUCGAAAGGAACUCAGACAGCUCAAAAUGGCUGCAAGAGACACAGGCGCCCUCAAAGAAGCGAAGGACAAGCUUGAAAAACGUGUGGAUGAACUCACUUGGCGUUUACAGUUGGAGAAGCAACUUAGGCUUAAUCUUGAAGAGGAAAAAACACAAGAAAAUGCCAAGUUUCAGGAGGCUUUACAUGCAAUGGAGAAAAAGGUGGAAGAGGCUAAUGCCAGAGUUAUCAAGGAACAAGAGGCAGCUAGGAAGGCCAUCGAAGAAGCACCUCCACUUAUCAAGGAGACACCUGUCUUGGUUCAAGAUACAGAAAAAAUCGAUGCACUGACAACUGAAUUAGAAAGCAUGAAGGAUUUGCUGUCAUCAGAAAGACAGGCAUUAGAAGAAGCUAGGAAAGCACAUAGUGAAGCUGAGGCCAGAGUUGCGGAGCUGGUACAAAAACUUGAAAAUACAGAGACUAAGGUCGAUCAACUACAAGAUUCUGUACAAAGGCUCGAGGAGAAAGUUUCUAAUACAGAGUCAGAGAAUCAAGUGCUCCGUCAACAAGCAUUGGCAAUAUCACCAACUGGGAAAGCAUUAUCCUCACGGGUUAAAACACCAUUCUAUCAGCGAACUCCGGAGAAUACUUAUGCUCUAAAUGGAGAAGUAAAAGAUGUGUUGGAGACUCCUCUUGCUGUUUCAAAUCCAAGGGAGUCCGAAUCUGAAGAGAAGCCACAGAAAUCUCUUAAUGAUAAACAACAGGAAAACCAGGAUCUUCUCAUCAAAUGCAUUACACAAAACCUUGGCUUUUCUGAUGGAAAGCCAAUUGCAGCUUGUAUCAUCUAUAAAUGCCUUCUCCAUUGGAGGUCAUUUGAAGUUGAAAGAACUACAAUCUUCGACAGAAUUAUUCAUACAAUUUCUUCAUCAAUUGAGGUCCAAGACAACAAUGUGUUGUCUUAUUGGUUAUCUAACACAUCAACUCUUCUGUUACUUCUCCAACAUACACUCAAAGCAAGUGGAGCAGCUAGUUUGACUCCUCAAAGAAGGAGGUCAUCUUCAGCUUCACUUUUUGGAAGAAUGUCUCAGGGCUUGAGGGCAUCUCCCCAAAGUGCUGGGCUCUCAUUUCUUAAUAGAGGAGGACAUGGAAGACUAGAUGACUUGCGGCAUGUAGAAGCAAAGUAUCCAGCUUUGCUGUUUAAACAACAACUUACUGCCUUCCUUGAGAAAAUGUAUGGGAUGAUAAGAGACUGUCUGAAGAAAGAGAUAUCCCCAUUGCUUGGGUUAUGCAUCCAGGCAUCUAGGACAUCUCGAACAAGAACAGUGAAGGGGCGUUCCCAAGCUCAUGCUGUUGCUCAACAGGCUCUUAUUGCUCAUUGGCAAAGCAUUGUGAAGUGCUUAAAUGACUACUUGAACAUAAUGAAAGUUAACCAUGUUCCUCCUUUCCUGGCAUGUAAAGUAUUCUCACAGAUAUUUUCUUUUAUCAAUGUUCAAUUAUUUAACAGUCUCCUCCUGCGACGUGAAUGCUGCUCGUUCAGUAAUGGGGAGUACGUUAAAUCUGGUUUAGCAGAACUAGAACAAUGGUGUAACAGUGCCACUGAGGAGUAUGCAGGCGCAGCUUGGGAUGAGUUGAAGCACAUCAGGCAGGCAGUGGGAUUCCUGAUUGUACACCAAAAGCCCAAGAAGACCUUGGAUGAAAUAACAAAUCAACUUUGCCCUGAGCUUAGCAUACAACAAUUAUACAGAAUAAGUACAAUGUACUGGGACGACAAAUAUGGCACACACAGCGUGUCUCCAGAUGUUAUAUCGAGUAUGAGAGUUCAGAUGACAGAAGAGUCGAACAAUGCUAUAAGCAGCUCAUUCUUGCUAGAUGAUGACUCAAGCAUUCCAUUCUCUGUUGGCGACAUUUCCAAGUCCAUGCCACAAGUAGAGAUGGGGAACAUUGAGCCUCCCUCGUUGGUUCGCGAAAUGUCAGGUUUUGCAUUCUUGCAACAGGUCACAGCAGACGGUCAUUAAUAUUUUUCAUUCAAUACUCUUUUAGACCCGGGUCAAUGCACAAUCAUCCUUCUCAGGAAAAAAAACCUUCCCAAUUUUUAUCGGGUCACUUUUGGGGGUGUGUGCAGUUUUGUUUAACCCCUUAUGGAUAACAAAGGGGAGGCAUUCCUUAUAGAUUUUUUUUUUUACUUUUCAUUGCUUUGUGGUGUGCAUGUGUAGGAUCAUGCACACUAGUUCUAGAUGCUUGCCGCAUUGGCAUAGACUUCUUUGAUCAGUUUUUUUUUGUGAGUAUAUUUUGAACUUUGGGUUUUAAGGUUAUUUCAUUAGUGUGAAAAAAGAAGUGUUAUUUUUUGGGUAUAGGAUCAGGUGUGGAAACUGUAGGACACUACCUUUAAAAGAGUGUGUUAUUAUUCUUCUCUUGUGAAAGGGGAAGGCAUGUUUAUUAUUUUAUUUUUGGCUUAUUCUUUGGUGGUGCAAAGAUAAAAAGCCCAUGUAUGUUUGAUUGCUUUGAAAUUUUAUAUCUAGCCUUCCUAUUGUAACA